AUCCUGUUGAAAGCACGUGGAAGAUUUUCUCAAAAUGUCAACAGAAGGGAGUAAGCAACCGUCUUUUAAGAAUCUAACGACGGUUAAUUAUGCCAUUCCAAAAGAAUAUCAGCAUUUGCCUUUGCAGGAACUGACGAAACCUCAUGUAGAAUCAUUUAACUUUUUCUUGAAGGAAGGCUUAUCUACAGCAGUCAAGAAUAUUCCAUCUACAGAGUUUGCUUUACCAAAUGGAGACCGUGUCAGGUUUAAAGUGUUGGAUGCCACCUUAUAUCAGCCCAGGGUUGCUCAGGGCAACAAUUACGCUGUUACACAAAGAGUGUACCCAGCUGAGUGUCGGGAGAGAGGUGUUACGUACAAAGGGUCUCUGAAAAUACAGCUUAUGUGGUCAGUCAAUGACAACAUCAGUGGGACUCUAGAUAAAGAAAUUGGAACCAUCCCUAUCAUGGUCAAGUCUGAUGGCUGUAACUUGAGUAAGCUGAGUCCAGCUGAUCUGAUAAAGAGAGGCGAGGAAGCAGAGGAGAUGGGAGGUUAUUUUGUAGUAAAUGGACUGGAAAAAGUGGUCAGAAUGCUUGUAAUGCCCAGACGUAAUUAUCCAACCUGCAUGACACGCCCAUCCUGGAAGAACCGGGGCAAACAAUAUACAGAGUAUGGUGUAUCAAUCCGAUGUGUUCUUGAUGAUCAAAGUGGCAUUACUAACAUUCUACACUACCUGUCGAACGGGAUGGCAACACUCAGCUUCACUUACAACAAGGAAAUGUUCUUUGUACCUGUCAUGUUUAUUCUCAAGGCUCUGUUAACAGUCACGGACAAAUACAUCUAUGAUGAGCUGAUCCAGGGGAAAGAAGAUGACACUUAUUAUAAGGGUUGUAUGGUAGCAAUGCUACGGCAGGCACAGGAUGAAGGCCUUCUGACUCAGUCCAGCAUCUUGAAGCUAAUCGGGGAACGCUUCCGCAUCAAACUUGAUCUCCCAGUGUGGUAUUCUGAUACAGACGUAGCCAGAUACCUGUUAAAGCAUUGCAUUGCAAUUCACUUGGAUUCCAAUACUGAUAAGUUCAACCUUUUAUUAUACAUGACAAGAAAGCUGUUUGCAUUUGCUCGAGGAGAAUGUGCAGAGGAAAGUGCUGACAAUACUAUGUAUCAGGAGGUGCUACUCAGUGGUCAUCUCUUCUGUAUGUUUGUCAAGGAGAAAAUUCAUGACUGGGUGAGAAGUCUAAGAAUGCAGGUAGAGAAAGAAGCAAAGCUGAAGGACAAAGCAGGCAACAGCUAUAGUGUAAAUGAUUCUUCUUUACAAAAUACCAGUCGCCGUGUCGAUGCAAUUACAAGGUCUGUGGAGUAUUUGAUGACCACAGGAAACCUGAUAUCUCGAACGGGACUGGGACUGAUGCAGGCGUCAGGUCUAACCAUUGUUGCAGACAAGUUGAACUUUCUGCGGUAUAUCUCUCAUUUCCGCUGUAUACACAGAGGUUCCUUCUUCGCAGAGAUGAGAACCACUGCUGUCAGGAAAAUGUUACCAGAAUCCUGGGGAUUUAUCUGUCCUGUGCACACCCCUGAUGGAACUCCUUGUGGCCUAAUGAAUCACAUGACUGCCCUCUGCCAGAUAAUUAACAAAUUGUACAGUAGCAUCCACCUGCCUAAGUUACUGUGUUCCCUGGGAGUGACCCCAUUAGAUGCACCUCCCGUGGGACAGUACAGUGACAAUUAUCGUGUUAUGGUGGAUGGGAAAGUCAUCGGCAACAUACACAACAGCUUAGCAGAAGGAGUAGCACAAAAAAUCCGUGUCAUGAAAGUGGAAGGUCUGAACAAGGUGCCUCCAGUAACAGAGGUUGGGUUUGUACCAAAAACUGAAUUCGCCAGUCAGUACCCUGGUCUUUAUAUCUUUACAACUCCGGCAAGGAUGAUGCGACCUGUUCGAAACCUGAGCCUGCAGAAAAAUGAGAUGGUUGGCACAUUUGAACAAGUUUAUAUGGACAUCAGUUUAAAUGAUGAGGAAACUCACCAGAAUCAAAAGAUCGUGACCCAUCAGGAACUCACAGAAAUGGCAAUGUUGUCUACGGUAGCCUGUCUGACACCAUUCUCAGACUUCAACCAAAGUCCCAGGAAUAUCUACCAAUGCCAGAUGGGUAAACAGACAAUGGGUACACCUUGUCAUGCUCUUGGACAUAGAUCCGACAACAAACUCUACAGAAUACAGACGCCCCAGACGCCCAUGGUUCGUCCCUACAUGUAUGACUAUUAUAACAUAGAUGAAUACCCAGUAGGAACCAAUGCUGUAGUAGCUGUUAUCUCUUACACAGGGUAUGAUAUGGAGGAUGCCAUGAUCCUGAACAAAUCAUCAUUUGAAAGAGGCUUUGGACAUGCAACUGUUCACAAAGCAGAGAUAAUAAAUUUAGCAGCAAAAGACCGUUCAAGUCGCGGCCAGAAUUCAAGUCUUGUCUUUGGCUGUAAGGGAGAUAGAAAGGUUACUGAAGGCAAACUUGAUGUGGAUGGAUUACCAUAUAUUGGAGCAUAUCUACAGGAUGGGGAUCCCUACUACAGCUAUUACAACCUCCAGACUGGUGAGAGCAGAGUAGAGAUGUACAAAAGUGCUGAGCCUGCCCAUGUGGAUUACAUAAAGAUCCUUGGUAAUGACCUUGGUACCAGUGAACUCAACAAAAUCUGCAUUGGACUUCGCAUCAAGAGAAAUCCUAUCAUAGGAGAUAAAUUUGCAAGUCGACAUGGACAAAAAGGAAUUUGUAGUAUGUUGUGGCCAGUGGAAAACAUGCCAUUUACAGAAAGUGGGAUGACGCCUGACAUUCUGUUCAACCCGCACGGCUUCCCAUCAAGAAUGACCAUAGGUAUGAUGAUCGAGAGUAUGGCGGGUAAGUCUGCCGCUAGCCAUGGUCUUUGUCAUGACGCAACACCAUUCAAGUUCUCUGAAGACCAGCCAGCUAUUGAUUACUUUGGAGAUAUUCUAACAAAAGCGGGCUAUAACUACUAUGGGACUGAGCGAAUGUACAGCGGAUCUAGUGGACUGGAGUUGGAGGCGGACAUCUUCAUAGGUGUUGUUUACUACCAACGUCUACGUCACAUGGUUUCUGACAAAUUCCAGGUGAGAUCUACUGGUCCUGUUGAUCAGCUGACCCACCAACCUGUUAAGGGAAGGAAGCGUGGCGGAGGAAUCAGAUUCGGGGAGAUGGAGAGAGACGGCAUGAUUGCUCAUGGUACAGCCUUCCUCUUACAAGAUCGCCUCCUUAACUGCUCUGACAAAUCCAUGGUGCAUGUUUGCACAGAGUGUGGAAGCUUGUUAUCUCCCCUUUUGGAGCGCCCAGCGGCAGCUGUUGCUGCAGUAACGUCAGAAAUGAGACGUAAAUGGACCUGUAUGUUAUGUAAACGUUCAGACACUAUUAAUGUUAUAACUGUGCCGUUUGUGUUCAGAUACCUUGUGGCAGAGUUAGCAGCCAUUAAUAUCAAAGUACAGCUUGAGGUUAAAUGAUACGGUAAAUGUCAACUCAAGGACAUUUGCAAAGGUCAAAAUUACAUUUCUAGCUUCUCUGUUCUGGUAAUUAACAUGUUCUGUGAUUUAAAAUCAUCAUGCCAGGAGUGGAGAACAUGCAUUAAGGCUUGAUAUCAGCUGAUCCAAGAGAUGACUGUCCAACGUCCUAAACCUGUCAGAUAGAUUGUCCAAGAAAACUGCAUCAGGUUCCUCAGUGAUGACUACAUGGUGUGUUUUAUUAGAUAAUUCUCUCUCAGUGGUCAGAGUGCAGGUCAGUUGUUCCCAGAGAGUGUUCCUGAUAUCAUCUUGGUUACUGUUGCACUGAUCAUACUACUUCAUGUAGACUUUGUCUCACUAGGUACAUAAUAAAGCUGUACCUGUUUAUUUUGAUUGUGAUUUUGCUCAACAUUACAAAUGUUCUUGGCCAUGUAUAAAAUUGUGCUGAUACACAGAGGAAGGAUACUGGAGAUGUCCUUUGCAUAUACAUAAUUAUGUUUGUGGUGUUAAUGUACAGAUUACUUCUCAGUAUGUAAAUUCUAUUCAAAUGGAAAUGUUGUUAUC